AUCACAAAAACUAUUUAUUGUCGUUUAAGUUAAUAUUUUAAAUAAAAAUUGCAAUUUUACAACUUUAAAACUUUGUUGAUUUAAGAAGAGCUUUAUUGUAACAAUGCUAGUGUUAUUGAGAAAGUGAAGAAAACUGAAUGAGUGUUCUCAUAGAAACUAUUCAACUUGGCAGGUCAUGGAGCAAUUGUACCUGAUUGAAAUAUUCAUAGACACAGUUACAAUAUAUGCAUCUGAGGAAGACGAAAAAAGCGGUGCAAACAAAAACCUCAUAAUAAAAAUAAAAUUUGGCCCCAAAGUACAAUUUAUUAUCAAAGAGGGCCAAUUGGCUUUGAACGACAAGAAAGAUGAUAUCAUAGAAAGUGAUGAAAAUGGAAAACGAAAAUGGACUAGGACAAUAAGAGUAGGGAAAUCAUAUUUAUUCCCAUCUUAUCCUGACACAGUGCUUAUGACACUAAGCAAGUUUCCACUUGAAAUCGAAGUAUGGAACGAUGAUGUAAACGAGGUAGAAAUAUUUGUUGGUAUCGGUACAAUGUUUUGGGAGACUGGAUUCUACCAUAUGUUAAAAGAAACUGCUGAACCAUGUAAAGUCCAUCAACCGCUAUCAAUAAAACAGAAUACAGUGCUCUUUGCCGAGUGUUGCUGUAGACGAGUGGGCGAGAUAGCAUUUAUUCUCAGAAUAAGCGCUUUAGGCGAAACUAUAACUACAGAGUUCCAACAACUUAUGAAAGAUCCCGAUAAUUUUGUUUUUAGAACCGACAAAGCUCCAAGUAUGUUUCAAUGUAAAAGAAUUGAGGGCGAUGAUCCGAACUUUUGUAUGGUUGGCAGUCUAUACGAAACGACUACUUUAGAAGAUCCAACUGUAGUUAAUCAAGCACAGCAAAAAAUUGAAAUUUGCACAGAGUUACAGAGCUGUGGUAUCAAACAAACCGAGGAUGAUUAUAGUUGCAGGCACGACACUGAAGACACAACUCCCAAAAAGAAACAUCCUAUUGAUAAGAUUAAAAUGGGUGAUAUUGUAGGACCAUGUGGUAAUACAAAUUGUCCAUUAGCUCAUAAAAUUAAAACGUAUAUUAGAAAUCUGGAUACUUAUAAACAAGAAGCUGAGGGUAAAGUCACUGGUGAAAAGGGCAAAAAGACAAGAAAGAUUUGUGGUAGUUGUGAUUGCAAGGACGAUCGAUGGCAUCGGGACACAUGUCCUGAAAACUUUAAGGACGAUAAAUUCGUCAAGGUAGAAUGUAAAGGUUGCGGUGGUGUUACUCAAGCUGGUAAAACUUGCGAAGAUACCAAAAAUAAAGUCUUUGGUACUGGCUCAAGCAAAAAUACAGUUGCAUAUGUUUAUAGUGUAACUGAAACGACCAGUUAUAAAGAAUCUUUGUUCGGAAAAGAUUUUAUAGUAGAAAAUAUGACCGUCAAUUUCGACGACGAUGAAGAUCUCGCUGCUUACAGUAAAGGGUGCGCGUGUGGUAAACCAGGAUGCACUUGGACUCAAGAACAGGAAGAUACAAAAAAUAUUCCGAUCGCAAAACCAGAGCCGCAGGACAAAAUAAGCAAAUCUUGUUUGAAACCAUCUGAAAACAAAGAGCCUGGCAAUGUUCCUAGCAAUCUAACCCAACCUUUAGUAUACAAUGUUGGUGUCAAAGAAAAAGAGUCUAAACAACCAAUAACCGUUGCCAACUGCGCCGUGGUGCCUGAUGACACAGAGUGCAAAUGUAAUCCACCCAAACCAAAGCCGCCAUGCAAAACCUUCGACUGCGAAUGUAUAACAGAAGCUGUUAACGUCCAAAUGCGAAAACAACACAAACCGUACUGUCCAUCUUACAAACACAAAGAUACCUGUCCUGUGACAGUGAAGCACGAAGAAGACGGUAAGAAACUUGAAGAAGACGAGGAUGAAGUUGAACCGCUACCAUACGGUUUGCCUCCAAUAAAACUCGGGCCCUGUCCUGUAAUGGGAAGACCUUGUUCUUACCCAGAUGGAUUUGCUAGAAUGUACAAAACAGCAGCGUUACCCGCCUUGCCACCAAGUUACAGUGACGCAGGUAAGGUAUGCUGUUCCAAGGAAUACGAAAGAAUAAAGAAAGCUUUGAAAGAAUACAUGAAACACGAGAAAGACAACGAUUAUAGAUGCGUUAAUAGAUUCAACGUGGACACUGAGAGGAGAUGCUGUGACAAAGAAGACAUACUUCAAGCGUUGACAGGUAAAAGUUGCUGCGGUUCCCACAAGAUGGCGAUACAAGAGAAGUUCAAAUUGCAAGAAGAAAACAAAAAGUCUUAAAUAUACAAAUAUUGAUAUUUUAUUUUGUAACCCAUUAGUAUAAUUAUAAGAUCUAAUUAAACUUAUACAACUAAAACGU